UAAUUUUCAGCAUUGAGAGUGACAAUCCUGAGUGUCCUCUCGGGCGCUGUCACACUGAGUUCCUGGAGGGAAAGUAGGCAAAGCUAGACCUUGGCCCCUUCGUUUCCGACCGGUACAGAGGCUAAUUUGGAGAGUAGGAGGCACAUGUCUGUUGCUCUCUUUGAAGAAGCCCAGCAAGAUGUCAGACCUGCUCUCUGUCUUCCUGCACCUUCUUCUUCUCUUCAAGCUGGUCGCCCCUGUGACCUUUCGGCACCACCGGUACGAUGACCUUGUGCGGACCCUGUACAAGGUGCACAACCAGUGCCCCCACAUCACGCGGAUCUAUACUAUCGGGCGCAGCGUGAAGGGGAGACUGCUGUACGUGCUGGAAUUCAGUGAUUACCCUGGGACUCACGAGCUCUUGGAGCCGGAAGUCAAGUAUGUGGGGAACAUGCAUGGCGAUGAGGUGCUGGGCCGAGAGCUUUUGCUGCAGCUGUCGGAAUUCCUGUGUGAAGAGUUCCGGAACCGGAACCAACGCAUCAUGCAGCUCAUCCAGGGCACACGCAUUCACAUCCUGCCCUCCAUGAACCCAGACGGCUAUGAGAUGGCUGCUGCCCAGGGCCCGAACACAUCUGGAUAUCUGAUCGGCAGAAACAAUGCAAAUGGAGUGGACCUAAACCGAAACUUCCCUGACCUCAAUACCUAUUUCUACUACAAUGAGAAGUACGGAGGCCCCAACCAUCACUUGCCUCUUCCAGACAACUGGAAAAAUCAGGUGGAGCCUGAGACCCGGGCCGUGAUCCGGUGGAUGCACUCCAUCAACUUUGUUCUGUCAGCCAACCUCCAUGGCGGGGCGGUAGUGGCCAAUUACCCGUACGACAAGUCCCUCAGACAUCGGCUCCGAAGUUCUCACCGCACUACCACUACCCCCACGCCUGACGAUAAGCUUUUCCGGAAGCUGGCCAAGGUCUACUCCUAUGCACAUGGCUGGAUGCACCAGGGUUGGAACUGUGGGGAUUACUUUCCCGAUGGCAUCACCAAUGGGGCUUCCUGGUACUCUCUCAGCAAGGGAAUGCAAGAUUUUAAUUAUCUCCACACCAACUGCUUUGAUAUCACACUGGAACUCAGUUGCAAUAAAUUUCCCCCCCAAGAGGAAUUAGAACGGGAGUGGCUUGGUAAUCGAGAAGCCCUAAUCCAGUUCUUGGAACAGGUUCACCAGGGCAUCAAGGGAAUGGUGCUUGAUGAUAACAAUAAUAAUCUCACAGGGGCUGUCAUUUCUGUCACUGGGAUUAAUCAUGAUGUCACAACAGGUGAACGUGGUGAUUACUUCCGGCUGCUGCUCCCAGGUACCUACACUGUCACAGCCACAGCACCCGGGUUCAACCCAGAGACAGUGGUUGCAAUUGUGGGUCCCGCAGAACCAACACUGGUUCACUUCCAUCUCAAGAGAAGCAUCACUGAAGUGAACCCUGGGAGGAGAGCUCCCAGCGGAGGGCAAGGGGGCAGAGUGAAAGCGCAGCCCAGGACACAGAGAAAGAAGGACAUGGCCGUGAAGCAGCCACAUAGAGGCCCUGCCUGAAACCCGAGGAGCCGAGCCUGGGGCGGUACUUCACAAACUGUACUCCUGCUUUCAGAUCCCAUAGGGCAUGCUUUCUGCUUUAUUAUCUGGGACAUAUUUAAAUAUAAGCCUAUUCGGACCAAUUCA